GACCAGGAACGAUUCUUCAUCAUAAAAUCCUGGAAUAUGCAAAACGUUAUUGAAGCGCAAAGAGAUGGCGUCUGGGCCACCCAAGAGAAAAAUACACGCCUGUUCACGGAUGCCUUCCAUACCUGUCGCUCGGUUGUAUUGCUCUUCAGUGUCAACAAGAGCAUGGCUUUCCAAGGCGCUGCUGUCAUGACAAGCCCACCCUCACCGACUGUCCCUCAGCCACUGUUCUGNCAAAAACUCAAAUGGCCCUGCUCACCACCCUUCCGUAUACGCUGGAUCUGCAAAACGCCCGUGCACUUUAAAUUUGUGGGACACCUUAGAAAUACGAUGAAUCCUGAUGACAAUGGUCAGCCGCAUGCUGUGCUUGUUGGUAAAGAUGGACAAGAGGUUAAUACAUUGACUGGACAGGGUGUAGUGGAGAUAUUGAGACAGAGUGAUGAAGAGGCUAGAGGAGAGGAUGAUAGACCUUGA